CAAUAAUUCAAAUAUCCACAUCGCUGAGCGGCUCCAUAUCAGAUAACGCUUGGAACAACACCGCGAGGGCUACUUCUAACCAGUUUAUGCCUUCACAUACAUCGCUACUGACAUCAAACACAGGCAAUGUCAGUAAUACAGAAACCACGACGCCAGGCUACAGCUUGUACUUCGUGUCGACACAGGAGAGUGAAAUGCAGCCGCCACCACCCUUCAUGUCUCCAGUGCAGCAAACGAAAAAAGUUGUGCGAAUACAUUGACCUGCCGUCUACCCAGAUUCAGUUCAUCACAGAAAAUAUUGGUCCAGACGACAGCAGUGUACCGUCUGCGAGUGGUCCUCCCGAAACCUGGAAGUCUUUGUUCGAGCCCCCUCCGAACCCCAACCCCUCACUCUCAGCGGCUUCUCCAGCAGCCCCUGUUGUUCAUGGUGGGGCUUUACGACAGGGUAGAAGAUCAAGUCAGAGUACAAUCGGUGACCAACACCAUUGGAGCGCGGAGUAUCAGAAUGAAAACCCCACUGCUUCAUUCUCUCCUCUCAAUCCAGUCAUCCGAAUUGGCUCGCUGGGCGAUCCAUUUCUAUCAACAUUAUUCAACAGUCUAGAGCCAGCAGAUGAAUACCACAAGCACUUCGAAAACUAUGUCUCAACACUUAAUCCCAUCUUGUCAUUAUGCGAUAUCGCGACUCUUCGUGAAACAUAUUGUCAAUUUUGGGACACACUUUCCUUCGAUACCUCGGCAGAGCUGUUUGUUCUCGUCCUCGCGACGUUGUACACCGGCGCAAACAAUACUGAUCCAAGCGAGCCGAGCACGACGUGCUUGAAAUUCAUCUCACUCUACGACAUGCUAGUUGGAGCUCUCGAACUUCCAACGUAUCAUGUCAAAUCGCUCUCUGCAUCGCUUUGGCUUCUGCAAGGCGUCGUCAUCAUGAACACGUUCAAAGCCAGCAAACUUCCGCCUUUCACCGCAUAUGGAUUCCUGCCCGCAGCCAUCAGAUUUGCGCAGAAUCUCAAGGUCCAUGCGGAUCAGAGCGUUGAUAAUCCAUAAGAGAAUACAGAGCUUGGGAGACUGUGGCAGCAUCUAAUCUAUUUGGAUAUUGAAUCGUCAAUCGCCAGCGGACUCCCAAGCAUUAUUCGCCCCGGACACAGUCCACAAUCACAGCGGCAGUUGACUAAUGGGGUUUCUGCGCAUGGUGAGCAUUCCUCGUCAUCUAUGGAGCUAGCCAUGGAAGGUCAUUGGCAGUGGGCAUCCAGAAUGCAUGUAUGGCUGGAUAAGAAGCCCGGGCAACAUGAGAUAAUCCACUUUGAGCGGCUCAUUCAAGAUCUACUGCAUCGUCUUGAUCCACAUUGCAGAUGGUAUGAAUGGGCAAAUAUUUAUCUUACAAUGUUGAUUGAUCGAGCGUAUUGCAUGAUUGGACUGCAAUCCUGGCAAGUUGAGCAAUUUCGAGGAACAAGUUGUCAGAGUGAGGUUGUCAAGACAUCUCGGUCCUUUCUCGACGGUUUCCUGCGCCUGUCAACAAUCUCCAGGGCUCAGGGCCUCGCUUGGUUCCUUCCAGGUCUUGUCCAGCCGAUACAUGCCUUGAUGAUAUUGCUCACUCAUUUGAACGGUUGUCCCGAUUCCGAGGAAGAAUCGAAACUC